ACACAAUGAAUAAAGUGCUACAGUAAAAUUAAUAUUCACUUGCUGGUACCGGAAUAAGAACAAAAUGGGCUUCCUGCAUUCGACAAGACGUGCACAUGGAGUGUCAAAGCAACAAAGCGAGGCUGAAGUAACUUGAGUGUCAGAGAGUGUGAAAUGUCUUUUCACUCUGGCUCAUGACCUAGCAACCUGGCAAACCAUCAGCAGCUCCCUAGCAACCACCGAGACUCUGCAGUCAUCUCUGUCACUGGUUGCCGUUGGAGACAUUCGGUGGAGCCCCUCCAACCUCAUCCCACCAUCCCCAUUGAGAUCAAGUAGCAGCCCUGAAAUAAGCACAGCAAAUUGAUAUUCAGGCAUCAGCACAACAAUGGACAGGACGAUGGAAAUGCAGCAGUGGGUGAGGUGACCUACCAAAUUCAGAUGGCAAUCGAACUCUUAAGCCUGUAGCUCACUGAGCAGCGAAAGUUGCAUACGAUGCGAUUUCUUUUUUUUAUCAGGGUUUGUUGAAUGUUGCAAACAUUGUUUUUCUUGCCUUCAAAAUGUUCCCAUGUUUGAAUGUUCUUUGAGAUAGUCAAAAAAAAGUUUGCAAGCUUUUAGGAACCCUAACAUUUCAUAUGCACACAAAUACCGUAAUUUUCGGACUAUAAGUCGCGUUUUUUUUCAUAGUUUGGGUGUGGGGGGCGACUUAUACUCAGGAGCGACUUAUAUACAUAUAUAUGGUUUUUUUCACUUUUUUGGGCAUUUUAUGGCUGGUGCGAUUUAUACUCCGGUGCGAUUUAUAGUCCGAUAAUUACGGUACUCAAAGUUUAUAGAUUGAGAUGUAUUACCGUAAUUUUCGGACUAUAAGUCGCGUUUUUUUUCAUAGUUUGGGUGGGGGGGGGCGACUUAUACUCAGGAGCAACUUAUAUACAUAUAUAUGUUUUUUUUCUCACUUUUUUGGGCAUUUUAUGGCUGGUGCGACUUCCAGUCCAAAAAUGACGGUAGUUAACAAUUCCGAUAUCUGCUGAACGUCUGCAGAAAGCCCAACCAGCUGCAAAUGACAUCAUUUUCCCCCACUUGUGACUGACACCCACCGCCCAAAUUGAUUCCGUCUCCGCCAAUAGACUGCGAAGCUCACUUCCUCCCCCCCCCUGUUGCCCUCCCACCAGUCAGUCACAUGGAGGUGAACGCUGACCCGUCUCUCACUCUCUGCUGCUUGAGUUGCGAGCAACACACAUUCUCCGUUGCUUCCUGCACACACAAACGAGAGGAAUUACUCUUGAGCAACGACACUGUUGUCUAAGCGACUAUAUUUAGACCUGCGGAGAAUGUUGCGAUGAGUGUUCCGAACUUGAUUCGGGCGGCGGAGAGCGUGCGUCGUGCCGCACCGCCCUGAGAGAGAAGAGAAGAGCAGAGUGGAGAGGAGAGCAGAGGAGCCGCCUCUUGAGUCCGGCAAACAUGAAGUCCAGACGGGAUAAACUCAAGAUCCCCUCAUUGACUCUGGAUUUGUCACCCACCUAUCAGAGUCCCACUCUUCUGAGUCCAUGCAGCCCCUGCAGCCCUUGCAGCCCUUUGCAAACCCUUCACCCCUGGAGCUGUCGCAACAACAACAGGAAGAGUCUCUGUGUCGGAUCGCCAUCACCCACUUUGUCCCGACCCCUCUCCCCCCUCUCGGUCCAUACAGCAGCGAGCAGCCCGCUGGACAGCCCUCGAAAUGUGGCGACCGGUGCCUGCGUCAACUUUCCGUUUGCCCGAAGUCACUUGGCUCGUGCCGACAGAGCUGAGGGCCGUCGAUGGUCUCUGGCAUCGCUCCCCUCGUCAGGUUAUGGAACCAACCCGCCGAGCUCAACCGUUUCCUCUUCGUCAUCCUCCCAGGAGCGCCUCCAUCAGCUUCCCUACCAGCCGACCCAAGAUGAGCUGCACUUCCUUUUCAAACACUUCCGCAGCACCGACAGUAUAACCGACGAGGAUGGCCGCCCCACGACCGUCAUGCGUCCUCGCUCUCGGAGUCUGAGCCCUGGGCGAUCUAGUGUCUCCUUUGACAAUGAGAUAGUCAUGAUGAACCAUGUGUACAGAGAACGCUUUCCAAAGGCCACAGCCCAGAUGGAGGAGAGAUUGUUGGAAAUUGUUACCCACUGUUCUCCAGACAGCUCCCUCCCGUUGGCCGAUGGGGUGUUGGGUUUCAUCCAGCACCAGUUGGUCGAGUUGGUCCGUGACUGUUUGGAGAAGUCCCAGAAAGGUCUGGUUACAUCUCGCUACUUUGCUGAACUGCAGGAGAAGUUGGAAAAGCUGCUUCAUGAGGCCUACGAACGUUCGGAAAGUGAGGAGGUGACUGUCAUCAUCCAUCUGGUUAGGAAAAUCCUCAUCAUAAUCUCCAGACCGGCUCGCCUCCUCGAGUGUCUGGAGUUUGAUCCGGAAGAGUUUUACCAUUUGCUGGAGGCAGCAGAAGGGCACGCCAAAGUCGGCCAGGGGAUCAAAUCGGACAUCCCUCGAUAUAUCAUCAGCCAGCUGGGUUUGACGCGAAAUCCUUUAGAGGACAUGGUGCAACAGUACGAUUGCGGUCCCUCGGUGUCUGUUGAGCCCGAUGUGGAGACUAAAACUCCACAGGCAGUGACCCCAACCCGACGCAAACCUCUUGAGAGUGAUUUUGAGACUAUUAAACUCAUCAGUAAUGGGGCUUACGGGGCUGUUUAUUUGGUCCGGCACAAGGAAACCCGUCAGCGUUUUGCCAUGAAAAAAAUCAAUCGGCAAAACCUUGUCUUGAGGAACCAGAUUCAGCAGGCGUUCGUGGAGAGAGACAUCUUGACGUUUGCGGAGAACCCCUUUGUGGUGUCCAUGUUCUGUUCUUUCGAGACCAGACGCCACCUCUGCAUGGUCAUGGAAUAUGUGGAGGGUGGUGAUUGCGCCAACUUGCUGAAGAACAUGGGUCCGCUACCUGUGGAAAUGACCAGGAUGUAUUUUGCCGAAACCGUCCUGGCCCUGGAGUAUCUUCACAAUUACGGCAUAGUACACCGAGACCUCAAACCUGACAAUUUGCUGAUCACAUCCAUGGGCCACAUCAAAUUAACAGAUUUUGGCCUAUCAAAAAUCGGCCUGAUGAACAUGGCCACCAACCUUUAUGAGGGUCACAUGGAGAAAGAUACAAGAGAGUUUGUUGAUAAACAGGUGUGUGGUACUCCCGAGUACAUCGCCCCGGAGGUGAUUCUCAGGCAGGGAUACGGGAAGCCGGUAGACUGGUGGGCCAUGGGGGUCAUCCUCUAUGAAUUUCUGGUCGGCUGCGUACCGUUUUUUGGCGACACUCCGGAGGAGCUGUUUGGCCAAGUUGUCAGCGAUGACAUCAUUUGGCCUGAAGGAGACGAUGCUUUACCGAUGGACGCUCAAGACAUGAUCACCCAUCUCCUGAAGCAAAGCCCCCUAGAAAGACUAGGAACCGGCGGGGCCUCUGAGGUCAAACAGCACGGCUUCUUCGUGGGCUUGGACUGGAACGGACUAUUACGACAAAAGGCUGAAUUCAUCCCUCAGCUUGACGCGGAAGAUGAUACGAGCUACUUUGACACUCGUUCCGAGCGCUACCAUCAUAUGGCGUCGGACGAGGAUGAGGAAACAAACGAUGAAGAGUCUUCACUGGAAAUUAGGCAGUUUUCCUCUUGGUCGCAUCGUUUCAGCAAGGUUUACAGCAGCACUGAACAUUUAGCUACGCCGUCCAAUUUGAGCUUCUCAUCUGAUCGCAGUCACAGUGAGGAGAAAGAAGACCGCAUGGAUGCUGGAGGGCUUAGUCCCUUGAUAGGUCCAGCAGAGGGCGUCCUGGAGCCCAGACUGCCAGGACGCAUGGCCAGCCUUUGCCCUCGGGCAUCACCUAACUCCUCCCAGUCUGAGAGGAGCACCAGUCCGCUGGUGAUGAGCAGCACCCACAGCCUGGAGAUGACGCCCCGCUUUGCUGUCUCAACAGAUGACGAGGCCGAGGUUGUCGUUUCCAAACUUCGGAGGAUCCGGAUCCGCAGCAACAGCACGGGGGCCAAACACUCAUCCCCCAAAGAGCCAGCUGGCCCACGACGUUUCGGUAACCAACUGGAGACGCCGGACAGACAGAGGCUUCCGUGUGGAGGCAAAGUUCCCAAGUCCGCCUCCGUUUCAGCUCUGUCGUUAAUCAUCACCACAGAUGACUCUCCCGGCGGCCUCCAGCCCAGUCCCAUCUCCCCGAGGUCCCUGUCGUCCAACCCCUCCUCUCGUGACUCCUCCCCCAGCCGGGACCUGUCCCUCAGUCCCGGUAGCCUGAAACCGCCCAUCAUCGUUCACACUUCGGGCAAAAAGUACGGCUUCACAAUGCAGGCCAUCCGCGUCUACAUGGGCGACAGCGAUGUCUACACGGUGCAUCACAUGGUGUCGAGCGUGGACGAGGGCAGUCCGGCCUACCAGGCAGGUUUACGUACCGGGGAUCUGGUCACUCACCUGAACGGAGAGUCCAUCCAAGGCCUGGUUCACACCGAGAUGAUGGAACUACUGCUGAAGAGUGGCAGCAAGGUGGCGCUCCAGACCAUAGCGCUUGAGAACACGUCCAUCAAAGUUGGUCCAGCACGAAAGACCAAACACAAAGGCAAAAUGGCCCGUCGCAGCAAGAGGAGCAGGAGAAGAGAUAACUAUGAUAGGAGACGCAGCAUCUUGAAGAAGUUAUCCAAGCAGAGCACGGUGAUGCACAGUAGUCGCAGCUUCUCCUCAGGUCUCCACCACUCCGUUUCCUCCAGCGAGAGUCUUCCAGGUUCCCCGACUCACAGCCUCUCUCCGGGCCCCUCCACACCCUGCCGAAGCCCUGCGCCGGACCAUCAGGCCUUUGAUAACUCUCCUCAGAGCACGUCUCCAUCUUCCAGCUCUCCGAGCUCCCCUGCCGCGCAUAUACGACCCAGCUCCCUCCACGGUUUGGGUUCCAAGCUCAACACGCAGCGUUACACCAAGGUGGGCCGCCGGAAGUCCACCAGCAACAUCCCGCCUUCGCCCCUCGCCUGCUCCUCCUCGGCGCAGCCGCUUUCUCCACAGCGCUCGCCUUCACCGUUGCCGGGCUUCGCCAAAACGCUUCACCCCUUCCACGGCAAAGCCCUGUCACCGCCCACCAUCGUUCGACACAUGGUACGGCCUCGCAGCGCAGAGCCGCCUCGAUCUCCCCUCCUCAAGAGGGUCCAGUCGGCCGAGAAGCUGUCUGGAAUGUACCACGCCGAUAAGAAGUCCUACACCCCCCGCAGGCACACCUUGGAAGUGCCGUUUUAUAGCGAAGGGGAGCUGCUCGGUGACUCGGAAGCGGAGGGGGGCUUUAGCGGCUCGCACCAGGGGGUGGACCACUCCAGACUCUGCGGCUACUUGGGCAACCAGAGGAUGUGGGACUUGGGGCUGGAGCGAUCGGAGCAACUGGUGGUGAUGCGUAAGCUCAACCUCUCGGAGCGCCGCGACUCCUUUAAAAAGCAGGAGGCCGUGCAGGAGGUGAGCUUCGACGAACCCGAGGAGAAGCCGAGCGUCACGGCCGGCCCGGCGGGGGUCGGACAAACGGAGAAACAGCCGCCGCAACACAGGACCACUUGGCUGGCCGGGUCGGCAAACAGCGAGGAGGUGGAGCUGCCCACGGUGAGGAGGUUCACCCUCGUGCCCCAGAUCGCCGUGCAGGGCUCCACGGAAAGCGAGGAACAGGACGAGUGGGAGCCGUGUUCGGACGGGGAGGAGGACCAACAGGAGCCCGCCGGCGUCACUUCGGCAUCUCAGCAGCAGGUGGACCUCCUCCUUCUCAGCCAGGAAGAAGACACGUCAAGUUCUACUCAAGUCGGACAAUCGGCUGACGAGGACACGGCAGAAAAAGCACAUGCCAAAAAGUGACAGCUCAACCCGCACUGAAGGAAGCGGCAACAUUUUACUUGAAUUUUCGACUCGACAUAUUUGUUGGGUGGACCCGUCGAUCGUAUUUAUUACAAUUGUAAAGCACGGUGCGUUGUUAAAUGGAAAGGAGGGAGGGAAGUUCUCAAAGGUCGGAAGAGCCCAGGCUUAACGUUUCGCACCCUUCAGAUGUGCUUAUUGACUGGAUGUUAUUUUGUUUUAUUUUUUUAUAAAUGUUUAUAUUUUUAAAUAAAUGGCAGUGGUACCAAGUCAUUUGAUAAUGCUGGGAAUUGUUAUUGGACCAAAAUGCGCAAGAAGUCGUUUUAGAAUGGUACUUUGUUCAUGCUUCUUUUUUUCUCCAUAAACUUUUAUCUCAAAAUCCAGAACGUGUGUCCACACUGAAUAACAUAAAAUCAAUUUAUAAUGUCCAGUACUCAAAGCCAUAUUUUUUUAUUUGAUCAGCUUGUGCAUUUCGCAAUCGGAAAAGUUUGAAUGUAUCGUGCGUUGGACGCAACUAACCUUCAACAGCCAAAUUGAAGUCCAUGUCUUCUUUGCAAAUAAUUCUUUCUCUAUCUUUAUUCACACCAUCACGUGUGAGCCACCUUAACUUGCUCGUACUUCGUUAACAGUGUAUUCAAGUUUACAACAUGGGUUGGGGAGUGCAGACAAUUUUGUACUUUGAGCAAAAUGCGGGAAGGUAAAUGGAAAUCUGAAGCCACGGCUUGUUUAAAGGCAUUUUUCUAUUUGAUGUAUAAAUGUUGAAUAUUUUCAUACGGUUUUGAAUAUGUUUAAGGACGUGAGAUGCACAAUGGUUGUGAUUCAGUGCAGUGGUUCAUGUACUGCUUUUAACAUCUUCAACACCAAAGCUGAUGCACCAGCUUUAAGGAACUUUUUUUUUCUUUCUUCAAGUAUCGACACUUACUUUUCCCUGAACACAAAUCUUGUGCGUGUGAUGGAAUUGUUUACAACAAACCUGAUAUGUACUGUACUGCUCUUUACUCCAAGAUGAAACUACCCUUUGUCAUACCUUAAAUGGAAGUAAUUUUGUUUUUUGUAGUUGUAGUUUGAUCAUUCUUCUCAAUUACAGGAAGCUAAAUGACUCAUGGUCUGUUUACAGGCGCAUAUAGAACAAGAUCAAUGUUUUUGUAACGACAAAUAGAUUUCUGGACUGGAAUUAUUUUGUGGUUUAAAGUUACAGUAUGUGGUGGUAGAAAAGUUUGACACAUCUUUAAUCAGACCAAAGCUUCAGACAUAAAAAGUGCACACUUAACCAACUUGAUCAAAAAUAAAGAUAUAACUUGAAGACAAAACUAAAGGUAAGUUAGCUAGUUCAAAUCAGUUCCAAAGAAAGCUCAUUCUGGAACAGUUUUUACUAUAGCAAGAUGUUUGUGAUAUAAAAAAAAAAAAAGGGUGUCUAGUUCUGAUUGAUAUUGAGUUUGUGGAAAACGAAUUAAAAUGACAAAUCUACCUUAUUUGCAUCUCAGGUGUCUGCCAACAACAGUAUGGCACCAAUGACCCCAACCAAACUGAUAUCAUGGAAGCAGGAGGUUAUCCUCGAGCACAUGAUCAAUUUGGAAAUCAAAAGUUGCACACUGUUGUAAAUGUGCACGUUUUCUCCUGUGGACUCUUCUGUCCAUUGCAUGCUGCAUGAAACAAGCACAUAUCCGUAAUACUUGAUUGCAUGGUAUAUUGGCGGUGUCGCCCAGUACUGUGUAUUCUUGUGAAAAAUAAAAUUUGUAUUUCUCUCGACAA